AGUAGCUAUUCGGCGGUCUCACGGGGUUAUACAUAUUCCCGCGCGCAUAAAAUUGUAUGUUUCUUACGGAAUAAAUUGAGGAAAGAAAGGAUAAAGGGUUGAUGCUACGGACAUCACGGACCUUGCAAAAUGCAAAAUUGCAAAACCUUCAAUUAAAUGCAUCACACAUGAAUUUCCCGGCUGGACAUUGAUUUUUUUUUUAUUUAAUUAAAAAGUAGCUUCCAGUUUCAAUCCCUAAAGUGCUCCUUAGAAUUGUGCUGCGAAUUGUGUGAGAAGGAAAAAAUAAUAUUUGUGUGUGCUAAUUCAUUUGGAUUUUCUUGUGCUUCAAAAGUGAACAAAAUAAUAAUUCGGCAGGGUAUUGGGGGACCAAUCUCACGUGCCUGUGGCAUCCUCAAUGGUGACUGUGGCUGGCGAUGUGAGAGUCCGGAUGAUGUGAGGAGUGACCAAGAGUGUGAUACGUGUCCGACCACAUCAGGCGGCAAGAUAGCGCCCAACGGCCACACUCUGGCGGUGGUGCGUCCAUCCAUGGUGGUGCCGCCGGGUGAACAUGGUAGUCCCCCGGCGGCGUCCAGCCAUCCGCCUCAGCAGCCACUGCAGCACCACAUUGUGGCACCAAGUCCCCUAUUUGCCCUACCCACCCUCAAUUUUACCGCCGCCCAAGUGGCAACAGUGUGCGAAACAUUGGAGGAAUCUGGGGACAUUGAGCGUCUCGCCAGAUUUCUCUGGAGUCUCCCUGUGGCGCAUCCCAAUAUACGUGAAUUGGAAAAUUCCGAGGCUGUGUUGCGAGCGCGCGCCAUUGUGGCCUACCACACUGGACACUUCCGGGAGCUGUACACAAUCCUGGAGAGGCAUAAAUUCACAAAAGCAUCCCAUGGAAAAUUGCAGGCCAUGUGGCUCGAGGCGCACUACCACGAAGCGGAAAAAUUAAGAGGUCGGCCUUUAGGGCCCGUGGAUAAAUAUCGCGUAAGAAAGAAAUUCCCCCUGCCUAGAACAAUUUGGGAUGGUGAGCAGAAAACUCACUGUUUCAAGGAGAGAACGAGGAGUCUUCUGCGGGAAUGGUAUCUCAAUGAUCCCUACCCGAAUCCCAGUAAAAAGCGUGAUCUAGCUCAGGCCACAGGACUGACACCAACUCAAGUUGGGAAUUGGUUCAAAAAUCGUCGGCAACGAGAUCGAGCGGCGGCAGCGAAAAAUCGUAUGCAACAGCCACCACUUUCAAGUUCAGGUGCAACAUCCCUGCCACCACGACGGCCAGAUGCAAACCUCUCACCGGCUCCGUCGGAUGAUUCCGAUUCGGACAUCUCACUGGGCACACACUCACCCGUGCCUAGUAGUAUGUCAAUGCAGCAUAGCCCUGGAUCAACAUCCGGCGGCGGCAAUGAUCGCGAGGAGCGCCUACACGAGGAACGCGAAAAGGACUUUAGUCGAUCCUUUUCUGCACUAAAUUCCUUCCGUUUCGACGUCCAUUCACCCGCGACGAUGGCUGGUGCAUUCACGAGCCGCUUCUUGCCCACUCUGCCUUAUCGAUUGGGGGAGAAUUCUCCGCCUAUCGGCUCCCAUUCACCACCAAUUGGAAUGCCACCCCACCUGCCCCUACAACCAACAGUCCUACGGCCACAACCCCAAAUGCCGGGGAUGCACCAUCCAUCGCUCAACGGCUCACCGGCACCACUGUCGCCGCUACGUAUACGCGUUAGCUCCCCCGGCCGCAUAAAUGCCACGGAUUUGGGUGCCGCAGCGCUGGCGCAAACACUCACCGCCGGUAUUACGGGGGAUGCUGGAAUUGUACGAAUAGCACCUCCGACUGGCCCACCGCUACUCCAUCGGCCUUUCUCACCGUCGCCACAGCCUAAAGAUAUCUCAUGAUGGAUUGAUGCAGCGCCCUACAACAUGACGCCGCAAUAGGCCGCUUAGGCUUACAGAUCUCCUCUAGUUCUCACAUUCUCUGUACGCCGUAGUGCAAAUUAAAGGUUUCUUUCAUACAAAAAAUCGUGAUUCAUAACUGUAAAACUUAGGGAAAAUAUUACAGAAUUUUCCGAGGAAUUUCCCGAAGAAUUUUCCUUCUAUGUGAAUUUUGUUAACAGAAUGUUUUUAAAUUUUUUUUGUGAGAAAAAUAAUUCUUAAGAUCCUGAAAAAUAAAAUGAAAGUAACUUAAUAAUUUGUUUAAAUUUUCAUGAUCUUAAACAUUUUCUUUUAGCCUGUGGUUUACUUGAAAUUUGGGUAAAAAUUUUCUUUAAUUUCUACAAAAAUUAGAGCUUUUAGCCUAGAAUUGAAUGGGAAAAUCAUUGGAUUUUCUUAGGUGGAAAUUUUAGCAUAAAAGAAUAGAUCAAAUCUUUUGAUAAGAAAAAUAUUCUAAUAAGAGAAAUGUUCCAUUUAGUUUACUGAUCAAAAUCCUAAUUUUCUGAUCAAAAGACAGUACCCUAAAAGGAUUUUUUGAAUGACUUGAGUGCUUCAGAUCUGAGAUUAAAGCAUGAGACUUUAAUCCCAGAACUCAAGGAUAAAUACCUGCAGUAGCUAUUUAUUAAUUAAAAUAUUUUUUAUUACAAUUUAAAAAACAUUAAAAGAUAUAUUUUAAAAUUCUCAAAAUGAUUGCUUCUAAUUUAUUAAAUAUAGCUGAUCCUGACGAAGGGGAAAAUGAUCCUCGAAAUCAAUUAAAACAACGAGGUUUUAGGACUUUUUUCAAGCUUUCCCUAAUCGUCCCCACAAUGCCCAUUCAGGUAAACUUUGCGAUGUAAAAAAAAUCUGCAAUAUUUUAAAUUUAACAAUGGCGCCAAACGAAAUGGCUUAAUUAUUUUAAUUUGCGUAAAAAAUAACCCACAAAUUUCAAGUGAAUCAGAUGGAAAAUUAAUGUAUUUUAAUAAUAAAAUUCAUUGUAGUCUUUUCAUUACAAACAUUUCCAUUUGAAUGAAGGUUAUAGUGGAAAAAAAAUGAGAGGCAACAGACGCCAAUUGCAGUUGGAUAUAGACACAUAAAAUUUUAUUAGUAAAAUUAAUUUUUACUGAAACGACUCAUCAACAUUGGAAAAUGUGCGUCAUUUUAAUUGCUGGCCGCGAUGCAACGAUUGUUGAAUUAAUUAACAACAUUUCGACAGAGAUGUAUUCAAUAUGUAUUGAAUGAAUGGAAUUCUCUGAUGCAUUGGGUUUAAAUUAAAAAACAACAACAAAAA